AUGCCCUCCGAUACGUCCUACCGCGAGCAAUCCCUCUCUAGAGUUAAGAGCCUAGCCAGACAAAUGUCGCCCCCUUCCGCCACCAGCUUCACCGCCGAGGUCGUCCCUCAGGCCCCCGAAGACCCCUUGUUCGGGUUGAUGAGAGCCUACCGGGCUGACCAGGACCCGAAUAAGGUAGAUUUGGGUAUUGGGGCUUAUCGCGAUGACAACGCCAAACCGUGGGUAUUGCCCGUGGUCAAGAAGGCAGACGAGAUCCUUCGCAACGAUCCCGAGCUAAAUCACGAAUAUGCCCCGAUUGCUGGUAUCCCCUCUUUCACUAGCAAGGCCGCCGAACUCAUCCUCGGCGGUGCCGAUUCUCCCGCUAUCAAGGAGAAGCGCGUCACCUCCGUGCAGACCAUCUCCGGCACCGGUGCCGUUCACUUGGGCGCUCUCUUCCUCGCUAAGUUCUAUCCGGGUACCAAGAAGGUCUAUCUCUCGGAUCCCACGUGGGCAAACCACAACCAGAUCUUCACCAACGUCGGCAUCCCUAUCGCAAAAUACCCCUACUUCUCCAAGGAGACGAGAGGACUGGAUUUCGAGGGUAUGAAAUCCACGUUACUGGACGCCCCGGAUCGGUCCAUCGUCCUGCUGCACGCCUGCGCCCACAACCCCACCGGAGUUGACCCUACCUUGGAACAGUGGAAGGAGAUUGCCGAGGUGCUACGCCGCAAGAACCACUUCCCCUUCUUCGACACUGCUUAUCAGGGCUUUGCGUCCGGCGACUUGACGCGGGACAACGCCGCGGUUCGAUAUUUCGUCGAGCAGGGCUUCGAGCUGGUCGUGGCGCAAAGCUUUGCCAAGAACUUCGGCCUCUACGGUGAGAGAGCAGGCUGCUUCCACGCCGUGACCGGACCCGCGCCGGAUGCUGAGACUACCAUCGCCCGAAUUGCUUCCCAGCUCGCCAUCCUGCAACGAUCUGAGAUCUCAAAUCCCCCGUUGUACGGCGCCCGUAUUGCCAGCACUGUCCUCAACGACCCAAAGCUCUUCGCCGAGUGGGAGGAGAAUCUACGUACUAUGUCCGGUCGUAUCAUCGCCAUGCGCAAGGCCCUGCGAGAGAAGCUAGAAGAGCUGGGCACACCCGGCACCUGGAACCACAUCACCGACCAGAUCGGCAUGUUCAGCUUCACUGGUCUGUCCGAAGCCCAAGUCCUCAAGAUCCGCUCGGACGCCCAUAUCUACAUGACCAAGAACGGCCGUAUCAGCAUGGCCGGGCUAAACACAAGAAAUGUCGAAUACGUGGCGAAAGCAAUUGAUAAAGUCGUCCGGGAAGCUUAG